CCGCCUGCGCAGUCGCCUCUCGUGCCGCAGCGGCAGCCGGGGCGCUGGCCGGGAAGGGGACGCGAUCGCUUAACCCGAUCCGAGAGAAGGAGGAGGAAAGGGGGAGGCCACGCUGUGACAAAACGCCUCGUUUUUUCCAGGGAAGGAGGGGGAGCAAGUGCUGCUGCCCAAGAUGGUGAAGCUGGACAUACACACGCUGGCUCAUCACCUCAAGCAGGAGCGACUGUAUGUGAACUCAGAAAAGCAGCUCAUCCAGAGGCUCAAUGCAGAUGUAUUGAAGACAGCUGAGAAGCUGUACCGCACAGCAUGGAUCUCCAAGCAGCAAAGGAUUAACCUGGACAGACUGAUCAUCACAAGUGCUGAAGCUUCUCCUGCUGAGUGUUGCCAGCAUGCUAAGAUCUUGGAGGAUACGCAGUUUGUGGAUGGGUACAAGCAGCUGGGAUUUCAGGAGUCUGCUUACGGAGAAUUCCUCAACAGGCUGAGAGAAAAUCCUAGGCUUAUUGCAUCCUGUCUGGUUGCCGGAGAGAAGCUCAACCAGGACAACACUCAGAGUGUCAUUCACACUGUCUUCACCUCCAUUUACGGCAAUUGCAUCAUGCAGGAGGAUGAGAGCUACCUCCUUCAGGUCCUCCGUUAUCUAAUAGAGUUUGAGCUCAAGGAAAGUGACAACCCAAGGCGGCUGCUGAGACGAGGCACCUGUGCAUUCAGCAUCCUAUUCAAACUUUUCUCUGAAGGACUCUUUUCUGCAAAGCUUUUUCUUACAGCGACCUUACACGAGCCCAUCAUGCAGCUUCUGGUUGAAGAUGAAGACCACCUGGAAACUGACCCAAACAAAUUAAUUGAGAGAUUCUCCCCCAUACAACAGGAAAAGCUAUUUGGAGAGAAGGGCACAGAGAAGUUCAAGCAGAGAGUCCAAGAGAUGGUCGACUCCAAUGAGGCCAAGCUGGUGGCCUUGGUGAACAAGUUCAUUGGCUAUCUCAAACAAAACACUUACUGUUUUCCUCACAGCUUGAGGUGGAUUGUGUCACAGAUGUACAAAACGCUCUCGUGUGUGGACAGGUUGGAGGUGGGGGAGGUCAGAGCAAUGUGCACGGAUCUUCUGCUGGUGUGUUUCAUCUGUCCUGCCAUCGUUAACCCUGAACAGUAUGGGAUCAUUUCCGACGCUCCUAUAAACGAGGUGGCAAGAUUUAAUCUCAUGCAGGUUGGAAGGCUCCUGCAGCAGUUGGCGAUGACAGGUUCUGAAGAGGGGGAUCCGCGGAUGAAGAGCAACCUUGCAAAAUUUGACAAAAGCUGUGUGGCUGCUUUCCUGGAUGUGGUUAUUGAUGGGCGCGCCGUUGAAACUCCUCCAAUGUCAUCUGUUAACCUGCUGGAGGGGCUGAGUAGAACAGUGGUUUACAUGACCUACAGCCAGCUGACCACUCUGGUUGGCUUUAUGCGGAAUGUAAUGUCAAGUGAUCAACUUAAGGAAGACCGGAUGGCUUUGGAAAACUUGCUGGCAAACUUACCCCAGAACAAACCAGGGAAGAGCAGCAGCCUUGAAAUGACUCCAUACAAUACCCCACAACUCUCUCCUGCAACUACUCCAGCUAACAAAAAAAAUCGACUACCGAUAGGACAGCAAUUGGCAGCCAUUACUGCCUGGGAUACCUCUGCUACCAAUCUUUCUGCUCACAUAACUCUAGUAACCCCUUUUGCCACUCGCAGCAGAAGCAGAUCAAAUAUUCUAACGGAUCAGCACGGAGAUCAUGAAGGAUCCUCCCAGGAGACAAUCCCAGAAGUUCAGCCAGAGGAGGUGCUGGUCAUUUCUCUGGGGACAGGUCCACAGAUUACUCCAGGAAUGAUGUCAGAAAAUGAGGUCUUAAAUAUGCAGCUUGGAGAUGGUGGACAAGGAGAUGUCCCUGUUGAUGAAAACAAACUGCAUGGUAAACCUGAUAAAACCUUGCGCUUUUCCCUCUGCAGUGAUAAUCUGGAAGGCAUAUCUGAAGGUCCUUCCAAUCGCUCCAACUCUGUGUCGUCUUUGGACUUAGAAGGGGAGUCUGUGUCAGAGCUUGGCGCAGGCCCCUCUGGCAGCAAUGGCGUUGAAGCUCUGCAGCUGCUGGAGCACGAACAAGCCACAACUCAGGAUAAUCUUGAUGACAAGCUCCGUAAAUUUGAAAUCCGUGACAUGAUGGGGUUGACUGAUGACAGAGAUAUAUCAGAAACUGUGAGUGAAACUUGGAGCACAGAUGUCUUGGGAAGUGACUUUGAUCCAAAUAUUGAUGAAGAUCGUUUGCAAGAAAUAGCAGGCGCAGCUGCAGAGAACAUGCUGGGCAGCUUGCUGUGCCUGCCGGGUUCAGGAUCUGUGCUGCUUGAUCCCUGCACAGGUUCAACCAUAUCAGAAACCACAAGUGAGGCAUGGAGUGUGGAAGUAUUGCCGAGUGAUUCAGAGGCCCCAGACUUAAAACAAGAGGAAAGACUACAAGAACUGGAGAGCUGCUCUGGGCUGGGCAGCACGUCUGACGACACAGAUGUAAGGGAGGUCAGUUCUCGACCCAGUACACCAGGCCUCAGCGUCGUAUCAGGUAUUAGUGCAACAUCUGAGGAUAUUCCUAACAAAAUUGAGGAUCUCAGGUCCGAAUGCAGCUCUGACUUUGGGGGAAAAGAUUCUGUGACCAGUCCUGAUAUGGACGAAACGGCCCAUGGAGCCAGUCAGUUGACAUCUCCUCCUUCGCAGACAGAUUCUUUGCUUGCAUUGUUUGACCCUCUGUCAUCAAAUGAGGGGGUAUCGGCUGUAGUAAGGCCUAAAGUACACUAUGCAAGACCCUCUCACCCGCCACCAGAUCCUCCGAUCCUGGAAGGAGCUAUGGGAGGUAAUGAGGCCCGAUUGCCAAACUUUGGGUCUCACAGCUUAAUUCCAACUGAUUUAGAAGCGUUCAAGCAGAGGCAUUCCUAUCCAGAGAGGCUAGUCCGCAGCAGGAGCUCAGAUAUAGUGUCAUCAGUUCGGAGACCUAUGAGUGAUCCUGGGUGGAAAAGAUGUCCUGGUAAUGAAGAGAGGGAGCUGCCUAUGCCGACCACCAGCACUGGAGCAGCCGUUCUGGUGGCUGCAUCUCAGUCAUCGUCUUCGUCUCCCAGUAAAGACUCCUCUAGGGGAGAGAUCGAAGAACGAAAAGACAGCGAUGAUGAGAAGUCAGACAGAAACAAGCCCUGGUGGAGAAAACGUUUUGUGUCUGCAAUGCCCAAAGCUCCAAUUCCCUUUAGAAAGAAAGAAAAACAAGAAAAAGACAAAGAUGACAUGGUGCCUGACAGAUACCCAACACUUCAAGAUGAUCCCAGCCCGAGGCUCAGUGCGCAGGCGCAAGCUGCAGAGGACAUUCUGGACAAAUACAGGAAUGCAAUUAAGCGAACCAGUCCUAGUGAAGGAGCUCUAGUAAACUAUGAUGGCGCAGAGGCUAUUGGGGAUGGUGAAAGUAUGCACGACUCUCCACGUGAUGAAGCUUUGCAAAAUAUGUCUGCAGAUGAUCUCCCAGACUCUGCAAGUCAAGUAGCACAGCCACAAAGUUCUGCUUUCUCCUAUAGGGAUGCAAAGAAGAAAUUGAGAUUGGCUCUUUGUUCAGCAGAUUCUGUUGCCUUUCCGAUGUUGACACAUUCAACAAGGAAUGGUCUGCCAGACCACACAGACCCGGAAGAUAAUGAAAUUGUGUGCUUCUUGAAAGUUCAGCUGGCUGAAGCCAUUAACCUCCAAGACAAGAACCUGAUGGCCCAGCUGCAGGAGACAAUGCGAUGUGUAAGCCGCUUUGAUAACAGAACCUGUCGAAAGCUGCUGGCAUCUAUUGCAGAGGACUAUAGGAAAAGAGCUCCAUAUAUCGCUUAUUUAACUCGAUGUCGCCAAGGCCUGCAGACGACACAGGCGCACUUGGAAAGGCUGUUGCAAAGAGUUCUGCGAGAUAAAGAAGUGGCCAACAGAUACUUCACGACAGUAUGUGUGAGGCUACUGUUAGAGAGCAAAGAAAAGAAAAUAAGGGAGUUUAUUCAAGACUUCCAGAAACUCACAGCAGCAGAUGAUAAAACAGCCCAAGUGGAGGAUUUUCUGCAGUUCUUGUAUGGGGCAAUGGCUCAGGACACCAUCUGGCAGAAUGCCAGCGAAGAACAGCUCCAGGAUGCACAGUUGGCUAUAGAACGCAGUGUCAUGAAUCGGAUUUUCAAACUGGCGUUUUACCCUAAUCAGGAUGGAGAUAUUUUGCGUGACCAGCUCCUUCACGAGCACAUACAGAGGUUAUCGAAAGUAGUGACUGCGAACCACAAAGCACUCCAGAUACCUGAGGUAUAUCUCAGGGAGGCACCGUGGCCAUCUGCACAGUCUGAAAUCCGCACAAUAAGUGCUUAUAAAACCCCCCGAGACAAAGUGCAGUGUAUCCUGCGAAUGUGCUCAACCAUCAUGAACUUGCUCAGUCUGGCAAAUGAAGAUUCGGUACCUGGGGCAGAUGAUUUUGUGCCUGUUUUGGUCUUUGUCCUCAUAAAGGCAAACCCACCUUGCUUGCUAUCCACCGUUCAGUACAUUAGUAGUUUCUAUGCCAACUGUUUAUCUGGAGAAGAAUCGUACUGGUGGAUGCAGUUUACGGCAGCGGUUGAAUUCAUUAAAACUAUUGACGAUCGCAAGUAACUCAAACAGCACAUGUGUGGGCAGACUGUUAGCAGAAGAAGAGUCUGUAAGAAUGUACAACAGCUGCAAAAGCUGAAGAAGAGACUUUCCUUGUAUAAUACUGUACAGAAUUGAGGCAUUUUAAAACACACCUUUACUAAUCAAAUUAAUUUAACAGGUUUUCCUCUUCUCUUUUGGUUGCAUUUUUCUCCCCUAUGGAUACUGGCACUGCAAAGGGACCACAGUUUUCAGGUAUUUUGGAAUUUCAAAACAUGCAGAAAAUUCUUCAUGCUUUUUUGCACCACCCUUCUUCCUGAAUUCUUACUCACGUGAAUAAUUAACUUCAUUUAAUUUCUAAUAGAAAACUGAAACAAGAAUCAGGGCAACCACUUAGUGUACUUUCUAGCUUAAGAACACCUUUUAUUAAUAAAACACCAGCCACACCGAAAGUUUGUAGUAGCUGACAUUAGUUAUUGAUUGUAUUUCACCUAAAUUUAAAAUCUGAGAGGACAGUGUAAAUAUUAUAUACCUAUAUUUAAUGCAUUGCAAUUAUCUUUGGACUCGUUAUCCUUUGAAUAAACAAGCAAAAGCCUCUCUGACCUCUAACAGGUUGUGACAUACUGUGUUUUGGUAAUGAAAGGACUUCCUCGAAAGGCUAAGAUUAAAAAAGGGCAAACUGAACUAUUUAUUAAAAUGUAAUUAAGAUUACUGAAAUUUCUAAAACUGGAAUUUAUACUAGACAGGGCUUAUUAGAUAGCUGAACACUUUUUGGCUAGGGCAUUAGGGUGUUCUAGAGGUUGGGAUAUAUAGAGGAGAGGGACUGUAAGUUACAGUAGAUAAAUAAUAUAAAAAGGAGAAAUAAAAUAGCUUACUGUAAAAUUUUUUCUGAGAUAUUGUGUAUACUGUACAAACCCCAAAGAGAGAUCCCUAACAGAACCUGGGCUGUAAUAUAUAUUUUGAUUAGUGACAUUAAAUACAUAUGCCAGGGGUUUCAGUGAAUGUUUUUACUAAAUGUUCUCCGUGUUGUCUGCUAUGCAGCAGUGCGAGUUUUACUGUUCAUACGGAAUGUUUUAAAUAUGACACUGUUCUUUAUGAAACAUAUCAUGACAUCAGUUCAGGGUGUUUUGUAGAUGUCUUGCCCCACCUUUCCCUUAAACUGACAGUUUUUAUGCACACCACCGCAUGGGUUUUCACGACUGAAACAGUCUGAGUGUCAGCCAGUGGUUGCUAGCUGUGUGUAAGUCCUUACUGUUCUUUUUUAGCAAGAAUUACAGUGAAAAAGGACAGCGAGCAGUUAAGUUUUUCAUGUCAGUAUUAUUUUUGCUCUUCUCAGAGUGUUCGUUGCAUUUCUGACUGAGGGAUGUGUUAAGACUCGGUGUCUGAGAGUGGUAAAGCAAACAAAAUCUUUCUUGCAUUCUUUUCGAAGUAUGAUUGAUUUCUCUGUGUGUGCAUUUUGAUGAUUAAAACCUGGAAGCAACUAGUACUUGGGAUAAAUCAUUUGGUUAACUGAAAUUAGAGCAAUUUGUGUAAAAUGCCAAGUGCUUGAUUUGGCUGUGCUACUUGUCAAGGCAUGAUGAAAGAAACUUAACUCUCUAGGACUCUAGUAACGCAGUGUAGCAUUCUUGCCAAACUAAUCACAGGUGAAGGGGUGGGAUGGUAACUUUUUUAUUUAUAGUCUUUCUCCUCGGUUAAGAGACUUGAUUGUGUGGAGGAGCAAUACUCUGUAGAAACAGAAUCCUUCCAACCUGCCUUACUGAGGUGACUCAGUCCGUAGCACUGCAAUAUUCUGGUUAUUUAGCCUUGAUGGGUUUUUGGUGCUGAACACGUAACUUAGUAUUGCAAGCACAGCCCUGACCAAUAACACUCAGCAGUGAAGCACAAAUACGCCCUUGAAGAUAUGGCCAGAUCAUAUCUAAAAGCAAUAGAAAUAUAUUGAUAUUGAAGUGUCCUGUAAUAUUUAAUUAUUACUUGAAUAUCUGAGAUGUUAAGACCAAUAUAUGAAAUUUCUUGUAGUCCUGCAGCUUGGGUUUUAGUCGAGGAGAGUUUGUACAAUCCUUGAAGAAGGCACAGAGAUACUGGAGUUGAUGAUCGCCCUGCGCGUUGCUGCUCUUUGCAAACCUGGCAAGCAGGAUUUGAGCAGCACCAUUGUGUCUUUCUGAUUUGCUCUCUGUUAUGGAAGGGGCAAGAACCAUUUCCUUCACAAUUUUUAUUGCUUUGUUUUUCUGUUUAGAAAAAUACUUAAAAGAACUGGAGCCUAUUAUUAUUUAUUAUUAUAGUUAUUUUAAACCCAGUGAGUGCUUCACAGAGCCCCAGAUGAAUUGGGAGUCUUCAUAGCAAGAUGGUCCUUUGCUUCUUUUUUUCAGUCUACUCUGUGGUCUUGAUAGGUGUAGUUAGAGAAUUAGGCUUUCCAAAGAGUUAAAAACCUUCCUGUAAUGUCCUUGUACUGUUUUCCCCUGUGUCCUGUAACACUUUGUUUUCAAACGCUAGGUUACAUCCACGUUUAGGAAGUGAAGUUGUUAGGGUUUAGUGUGCAAUAGUGAAGUUGAGAAGACCCUGCAUAAGGACCAAAAGUAACAGAACUGUUGCCAAAAGGCACCAGCCAACCAUGUAUCUAUUGCGGGAAACUUGGUGCUUUCUGUUGUUAAAUUACUGCAACCACUGAAGGAUGAAUGGAACCCUUUGGGGGAAGGGGAGGAGGGAGCGGGCAUUAGGAGCAGAUUGCAGUCAUGGGCUUGAGGCUCACUCGUUGCCCUUGGCGCUGGGUGUUGGUGCCUCUGGAGGAGCUGCCAACCUAAAUGAUGGCAUGGCUGUGCUUGUUAGUGUCACAGGGGUGGGGUUUUCCUUCUGUGGGCUAAGGAGCGAAAGGAAAGGGCUGGUUUUUCAUCCCUAGGAAAUCCCAUUUUUGCUCCUAACCGUAAAUGAGAUUUCUCUUUACAGCUUUUUUUAAAUCCUCUUUGAGGAGAAUGGGAAUGUGUAUCACCUGUUAGUGUUUGAAUUUCAGAGAUUUUGUUUUGAAGACCUUAUACUACCAAAUGCUGAAUGUAACUGCCAUAAAUUUCAGGAAAAAAAGCCACAAACAUGAUCCUGUUUCCUGUAGGUGAGUUUCUGGUGAGCGCAGUGUUGGUUUGUAUCACUUGAAAACAUUCAUGUUCUGUUGAGCCAAAUUCUGGCAGAAGUUCGAGAACUCGCUGCCGCGGUGUGUGGAUGAAGGGGCCGGAGCCGGAGCCGCCGGAGGAGGCAGGCCUGUUCGGCAGCAGAGCUUCAGGCGAGUGAGCUUGUGUGUUUGGCACGAGUGGAACUUCUGUGACCGUGCUGCGGUGCAGCUGUCGGCUGGCAGCGUGGCGGGAGAGCUGGAGCAGCAGGAGAGCGGUGGAUGAGGAGGGGAAGAAUCCUCUUGGCUGGGUAACAGCUGGUGACUUGGUUGAGCCUGUACUGCUUGAGAAUUAAUCUCUGCUGAGUUAGUAGUGUGUGUUCUGUACCUUUUACUUGUGUUUUACCUCUAUUUAAAAGCUUUGUACUGCCUCUCCUCUUUGAAACUGGUAAAGCCUUUAUAAAUCUAAAUUAAUGAGCUUGCACAAUCUUGUAUACAGGAAACCCAUCUUGUCUCUAAUGUGAUUAUUAAUGUAUUAUUCUGUAAAAACUGAUUAAAAGGAGAGCAGU